AUGGAAUCCUCAGCACAGCACAGACAAGAGGUUGUCAGUCCGCAGAGAAGCCAUGAGGCCUGUUUCUAUGACAGAUACCAUCCCUUGGGGGAGGUUUACUUUUGGAUGAGCCGGGUCAGCGAGAAGUAUGCAGAAGUGCUGAUACAACAUUUCCUGGGAAUGACCUCUGGGACCCAGCCCACGGACUACUGAAGGUGAAUCAGCCAACCAUCCAACAAUCCCGAGAAGACCAUUUGCAUGGACUGUGGGAUUCAUGUCAGAGAAUGGAUUGCUGCUUUUUGCCAACGGUUUGUGAAAGAGCUCCUAUAGAACUACAAAGACCAUGCCAGGACCAGCAGGAUCCUUACCGAACUAGACUUCUAUGUGUGUCCAGGCCUGAACAUAGGUUAUAUCUGCACCUGGACAACAGAUUCCCUCUGGAGGAAUUCCUGCUCUUCCCAUCAUAGCGGCACACGCUUCGGAACAGCUCUCAGUUGGAAUUUCAACAUCACCUGGUGUAGUAUCGGCACAUUCACAAACCGCCGAGAUUUAACAUUCCGCGGGAUAGAAGCAAUGUCGGAACCAGAGACAAAAGCGGCCUGAAGCCUUAUAGAAAGCAAAGAGAAAGACACUCUGUGCUUCCUGACCAUGCACUCUCAUGGGCAGCUUAUUCUCACUCCAAAUGGCUACACCAAAAAUAAACCAAGUCACUGGGAAGAACUAAUUCAAGUUGGACAGAAGGCGGCAAAUGCAUUGAAAGCAAAGCAUGUAACCAAUUAUAGAAUUGGAUCGAGUGCAGAUAUUUUAUAUAAGAGGACACACACACACACACAUGCUGUGCCAGGAUCCUCAAAAGACUAGCCUCAAGACACUGGGAUCCCCUUCUCAUACACAUUUGAGAUAUGGGACAAUGGUACCCAUGGGCUUGGACUGCCCAAAGCUCCAAUGCAGCCCACAGGUGAGGAGAGCAUGGAAGCCACACUUUCACUCCUUGACGAUGUGUGUGAGGAUUACUGGCCCACCAACAGUGCCAGGAGAGGCGACACAAUCUUGCCACUGACCACGCUGUACUUCAUCACACCUCUCCUCUAA